AUGGGGCCUAACCCGGUGGGGGUUAUCCUGGUCCACCCGCAACUGAACCCUGGGCGAAGCGAAGGGCCAGCACCGGCUCUGCAGAUCCCGAAGCCAGCCAUCCCUGUGAGCCCUAAAAUGAUGGAAAAUUGUCAUACCACUGACUCACCCAACGCAUUGUGGGAAACGAAGAUACGGUUGGAUGGUAUCUUCGCAGUUCUCUGGGUUAAACUGUGACACACUCCCCACGCACCACCACGAAGAGCCAGCACCUGCGACGGGCCCUCUCGAGGCCAAUGGUGCAGAGCAUUUAACCCCAGAGACCUCAAGGGUGCCAGGGAGACACCGCACGAGACAGAUGCCUCAAACCGGUAUAAAUAAUCCGAAACGACAGGACCAAAAGCGAGCCACAAAGCCCAAGACAACAGAAACUAAAGGUUGGCGGAGGGCCAAGCAUCCACCUCUCCCACACACGACAGCACAGAAGAGGGGUCCGCUGAAGACAAGCAUGAGACAGCCUCAGUUACCCACCGCAUCGGAGGCGACCCUACACCAGUGGCAAAGCCCAGCCAAACAACCCCAAACAGACUACACCGCGACGCGGCACCACGGACAUCUGCAACCCCAACGAGGUAUAGGGUGA